GUGAUGUUUAGGUCUCGUGACUUGAUGCGGAAGUAACGACACAAAACAACAGAGGCACAUUCGUGCUGAUAAUUGCAGCAUUUUCCUCCACCUUUGUUUAUAACAUUUUCAAUUUUCACAUUAAUUCUGCAAUGGACGGUUCCAUCAGCGCGUCACCAGACGCCACUGGCGGACCCCCGCCUCAUUUUAGAACGAAUGACGGUUCGAUGGUUUCAGCCCUCAAGACACUGUUGUUCUUCACUAUCCUAAUGGUCACACUACCGAUUGGUUUGUAUUUCGCAUCAAAGGCUUUCAUCUUUGAAGGUUCAAUGAAAAUGUCAAGCUCAGAUAGCUACUUCUACGCCGCCAUCGUCGCCGUGCUGGCUGUGCACGUAGUCUUGGCCUUGUUUGUGUACGUAGCCUGGAAUGAAGGCACGCCCAAAAGGAAGGGCAAAUACGAUUAAAGCGCAUCCCGAUUCCCACUGUAAGAUCUACGGAGAUGCAUAAUCCUUGGGAAGGGGUCCUCAGAACAGCCCCCAGCACCACUACCAUUACCUUGGCUCAACACCUAACACGAAGCAGCCAGAUGAGACGGUUCAGGGAUCUGGUGUGUGUUGGGCUUGAAGUUAGUCUGCUGGAUGGGAUGUUCUCAAUAACCCCUUUUGACUAUCUCUGUUAGAGGGCAUCUUUUUAAGAGACAUUUUAUUCAUUUGUCUUAAGUAACACUCACAAGUCUGUCAUGUAGCAAAAUGUCUUCCGAAUUGCUUUUUUUGUGUACAUCAUUGAACUGUUUGAUUCCGAAUUGCUUCAUAUCAUUUGACCAUCAGAAUUACAAUGCCAGGUUUGUCAUGCAUACCUGCUCAAUACUUCAUUGAGUUCAAAGAAGUAAAACACAAGUAAGAAAUUGCAGUUGUCUUCUCAUGUCGUCACAAUUUUUUAGCUUUGUGUUUUUGUUCUGUGUUAAGAGAGGUGUCGUGAUGCUUCGAUCGUCAAAUUGUAUAGCAUUUUCUCUUGUGCGGCUGAUAUUUGGUGAUGUAGCUAUCAGUGUGAGGCAGAUUUGUGACUUAGUCAAAUACAUUUAUGAAGUAGAA